UGCCACGAGACCUGAAGAAGAACUCAACGGUGUCGUUGUGUCCGCCAUUGUUGUUGUUGGUGGUGGCAAUGUACUUAAGGGCUGCAACAAAUCCAGUGAAGCUAAGACUGUGGUGUCUCAUGGGAUCAAACACACUGCGAGACGGCUUCCCCAGAUGAUGUUUGAUGAUAGGGAUUAUGAACGAGCUAACGAUGAUGCCUUGGAUGAGAACAAAAGACCUAAUGUGAAUGUUGUCAAUUGGCGUGACAAAGACUACUUUGUGGUUACUAUCCAGAGUAAAGAUAGGCCAAAGCUUCUCUUUGAUACUGUUUGCACAUUGACAGACAUGCAAUAUGUGGUUUUUCGUGCUAGCGUUAAUGCUGAGGGUCCAGAAGCUUAUCAGGAAUAUUAUAUUAGACACAUAAAGGCGGCUACAAGAAGUUUCUCUGACUCAGAUUGUGAAUUGUGAGAUUGAGUGAGUGAGAAUGGGAG